GCCUGGGGAGGGGGGUGGAGGGUGAGUGGGUUAUACGGCGUAAGGAAGCGGCGGCCAUUUUGUGUGGGAGAUAGAGGGGCAGCGGCGGAGGGGUUAGGGUCGUGCUUCGAGUCGUGGGUGUCGGAGAGUGACGGCGGAGGAGCAGCGGGGUCGGUUCUUAAAGGCCCGUGUGUGUGUAUCUGUGCUGUCGUGCGAACGAGACGGACGGAAGUCGCGGGACUUCUCCUUCAGAGCGUCUGUGCCGAGAAUCCGAUGUUGGGCUCGGCUCCCUGGCUGAAUACAGCACAUCAGCCCAUGAAAACUUCGAUUCCUGGCCAAAGGAAGGAGUCCAGCGAAAGGCAGCACCUGCUUUUUCAGGCUUGGAAGCAAGAAAGGGGGCAAGAGUUGGAGAGGGCGGAAUCUGAGAAGACAACUGAAAGGUGACAUUGAAGUUGAAGAUGGGUGGUGGAGAAAGAUUCAACAUUCCAGUUCCCCAGUCUAGAAAUACCACCAAGAACCAUCAACAGCUUAAAAACAGGCAGAAGAAUAAAGACCAGAAUUCGCAGAUGAAGACCUAUAUGAAGAAAGAGAGAGGACACGGAUGCAACUCAUCGUCUGGUGCAUGGCAGGCCAUGCAAAAAGGGGGAAAGAACAACGUUCAUUUCCCCAACAAUCAGAAUUGGAGUCCUGCUUUAUCGAAUCGCAACCUGUUUUUCACACCUCAAACCAAUCAGAACUAUGCUGGAGCAAAAUUUAGUGAGCCGCCCUCACCAAGUGUUCUUCCCAAGCCACCAAGUCACUGGGUACCCGUUUCUUUUAAACCUUCUGAUAAAGAAAUGAUGACAUUUCAGCUUAAAACAUUACUUAAAGUCCAGGCUUGAGAUAUAACUUUUCAUAUUUUUAAAGUUAUUUAAAUUUACAGGGUUUCAAAUUUGAGACUAUUAAGUCCAGUGCCCGGCUGUACAGAGUUGGAUGUUCUUGCUGCAUGGAGUAGAAGGGGCUGGACGUUUACAUUCCCUUCCUGUUUUACCUCCAAAAUUGUGUGCUGUGUUCACUGUGAAAUAGGUAUUUGCUCUACAAUCAAUCUAAUCAAAUUCUGGACAGUCACCAUUUAUUGUAUUUAUUGUAAGAAUAAAUGGGACUGCCUCAAGAUUGGAAUUGUGACUACUUUUUGGUGUUAGAAAACCAGCUUUUCCCUAACUUAAUGCAGCAUUAACUGGGGAAAAAAAUGCACUGAAAGCUUUAGGCAGGUACUUUGCUGCCUUUUAAAAUGGAUAGUUAAUAAAAACUGCAGAUUUCCAAGCAGGAAAGACCCCACCUGGGCACUAGAUAAACCAGAUUGUCUUAUUUGGCACUUUGAUGGAUGGAGAAACGCUUCAAGCCUGUGGUUAAAACGGGGUUAUAGGAAGCAUAUUGGCGCAUGUUCCGCGAGAUCUGGAACACUAGGAGGCUCUGAAGUGGUCUGUCCAGCUCUAGUUCCAGUUAAUGACGCUGCAUUGCCAGGCGACUGCCAAAAAACAUGUAUCCAAAAAUCCUUUGUAUUCCCAUUGCACUGGUGACUUUUAAAAUGCAUUUUUAAAAUGGUGACAAAUGCGCUUAAAUUGGUUACCCUGUAAUGAUUAAGUUACAGUAGCUUGUGGCAGGUAUUCAUGUUCUCAUAGGGAAGGCAGAGCCAUGUAAAUAAAUGUAAGACUUUGUAGCAUAUGUAAAUUGAUGCUGGGCUUUCCUGCACAGAAGUAUUUUUAGUACAAAACUGCUGAAUGUAAGAUGAUUUAAAAAAAGAAUUAUUUUGUUUAAAAGAAAAAAAAAAGACAUUUGUGGCUGUGCCAUUGCACUUAACAUACAGUGGAUACGCAUGUUUUACUUGGUUGUGAGAUCAUUCUUACAGUAAACUUGGUGCAAAAAAGGCUUAUUUAGAAUUUUUUUAAUAAAAUUUAAAAAAAUAAUUAAAAAAAGCUGCUGGAUUUGAAGAUUAACGUUCUGAAUGUAUCAGAGAGGUGUGUAUUUAAUGGUCAAAACACACCAAGAAUAAGCUGUUCAAAAUCAAAUUGGAUGUUUCACGAGAAAUACAAAGGGCUGAGGGUUUGGGUGCUUGAGGAAUUUGGAGAUAUUGGAACAGUGUUUCUAUUUCUAAAAUCAGUCAAUGCUACAAGGUCCUUUUGUCCCAGGAUGUGGGGAUUGGUGUGCGUGGAGCUGGGGCGGCCGCCUGCGCCGCUCCGGGCGCUGUCACAGGUCAGUUGUUUCCGUUCCAGGACCAGCUGACCCGUGACAACACAUCGCAAGGUUCUUUUAAAAUGCGGGAACUAAUAAAACAAAAUCACAAACUUUACCUUGAAAGGGAGUUUUGCAGAUUGGGAAAUGAUGUUUAAAAUGUUCUGUACAUUCAAAAUUAAUUGGCAGCUUGUUGCAUGUUUACAAAUCUUAAUGCUCCAAAUAAGAUGGAAUUGGCAGUUGUUAAACUUCAUGUUUUUGUGACCUGGACAUUCACCAGCAAAGGAGCUGUUUCCCAGUUACAAUUCUGUGUAUUCAACCUCAAAUUGUCAAUUACUAAUGGUCUAUGUACAAAUUGGAAACAACACAAAAUUUAAAUAAAACAUUUUUCACCCCCUAAAA